AUGGACAAAUCAAUUGAGAAAGGUCUUAAUGACAAGUUGUAUGAUAAACGUAAGGCGUCAGCGCUGGAGCUGGAAAAGCUGGUAAAACAAUGUGUGCUGGAGAAUGACUAUGCGCGUGUGGAGCAGAUAAUUGACCAUCUGUGCAAGGACUAUGCGUAUGCUCUGCACCAACCUAUGGCGAGAAAUGCGGGACUUAUGGGCCUUGCUGCCACUGCAAUUGCUCUGGGGCCAAAUCAGGUUGGUACGUAUUUACCACAGAUACUACCGCCUGUGUUAGCAUGUUUUGGAGACCAGAACGAUCAAGUUAGGUUCUAUGCAUGUGAGAGUCUGUACAAUAUUGCCAAGAUUGCCAAGGGUGAGAUUCUCUUGUAUUUCAAUGAAGUGUUCGAUGUAUUGAGUAAGAUAAGUGCCGACACGGAAAAUUCUGUUAAAGGUGCAGCUGAGCUUCUAGAUAGAUUGAUUAAGGAUAUAGUAGCUGAGAAGGCCUCGAACUACGUCAGUCUAGUGAAUAAUGAUCCUAACAAUGUGCCGCCAGCUACAAGAACUGAUUCUGUAACGGGAAAUGUCUACCAGGAGUCAUAUGAGCAAGACGAUGCUUUGGCGUUCUCUCUGCCGAAAUUUAUCCCUUUGCUAAUGGAAAGAAUCAAUGCAAUCAACCCUGAUACCAGGAUAUUUCUUGUUGAUUGGAUUAGGGUUCUUUUAGACUCCCCAGAUUUAGAACUUAUCUCAUACUUACCGUCAUUUUUGGGUGGAUUAUUCAACUUCUUAGGCGAUUCUCACAAAGAUGUACGAGUUGUUACAAAUUCCUUGCUGGAGUUGCUAUUACAGGAAGUGGUGAGAGUUGCAACGAUACAUAGGAAAAUAAGAGAAUACAAACUUGCCAAAGAAAAGCAACCAUCAUUGAAUAAGAAAAACGAUGGUUCUUUGAUUGCUGAGAAAAAGAAAUCUCUUUUAAAUGCAUUGGGUUCCCUGUCAAUUGAAUCAGUAUCUAAUAAUUCUUCAAUUACUGAAAAUCCAGAAAGCAUCAGGACAUCUGAAAAUGAACAGAAGUUUAUAGAGGAUAAUGAUGGUGAAGAAUACAUACCAGGGCAGGAUAUUCAUAUUGAUUUUCCUGAACUAAUCAAUAUUUUAUUGAGCAACUUAGCAUCCUCCGAAAUAGACAUCCAGUUGAUAGCUUUACAGUGGAUGGAUAAACUUCUGGUCUUGGCAGAUUCUGAUUUCAUUCCAUUUUUGCCUAGGAUACUUUCUGUGUUGAUAAAGUUGCUUGGUAGAUCAGAAGAAAAUAUAAUUGAAUUGGCCAAAGAAGUAAACUCUAAACUGGUAACGUUGUGUACAGAAAACACCACAGGCUUGGAUGAAGAAGGUGAAGAUGCGAUUAAUUAUGGAUCCAUAGUAAACAGUUUGUCGCUACAGUUUUUUGAUAGCUCUACAACAUCGCGUAUAGCCUCAUUUGAUUGGUUGAUGUUGAUAUAUCAGAAAGCUCCAGAAAAAAUAAUGGAACACAGCGAGGGUCUUUUUUUAAUUAUAUUGAAGUCCUUAACUAAUAAAGACGCAACAUUAUUAGAUAAGGCCCUCAGUUUAUUGAAUAAUUUGUGUCUGGACACUAAUGACCAAUAUCUAAGAAAGUUUUUGAAGGCAUUUAUUGAAGGCUUGAAGCGUGAUCCAAAACAACUAAAGGUCAGGGCUAAUUAUGUUCUUAAACAAAUCAGUAUAAAGUUGGCAACAGAGCGAGUCUAUAAGUUAAUUUCAUCAAUUUUAGAAGAAGAUUUUGAUGUUGUAUUCGUAAGAAUGAUGAUACAAAUUAUGAGCACAAACCUUAUGACGGCUCCUGAGCUUUUUAACCUAAGAAAGAAGCUCAGAAAUAAUGAUGACAUAAUGUUUUUCAAUAUUAUAUUCAAAUCCUGGUGCUGUAACCCUGUUUCUGCUAUUUCAUUGUGUCUAGUUGCUGAGAAUUACGAGCUGGCCUACUUAGUUUUGCAGUCAUAUGCAAAUCACGAACUCAAGAUCAACGAUUUGAUUCAAUUCGAUAUUUUGAUUCAACUAAUUGAAUCACCUGUAUUUUCAAGACUAAGGCUGCAAUUGCUGGAACAAGAUAGAUAUCCCUAUCUAUACAAAUGUCUGUACGGAAUUUUAAUGAUAUUACCACAGUCUGAAGCGUUCAACUUAUUGAAUAAAAGGUUGAAGAGUGUUAAUGUUUGGUUUGCUCAAGGUUCUCAAAAUAAAAACAGCUUUUAUAAGCAAAGUAACAGAAGUGGUUUGUCAGAUGUCAGUAACACAUCGGAUAUUUCCCAACAACGUUCAGUGAGUAAUAGCAAGUUACAUUUUAUUGAUUUACUAGAUCAUUUUAAUAAAAGUAUGGAAACUGACUAUUAUUCGCAACGUGAAGGUCUAGGACUGAAGGAGGCACAACUAAAUUUUCUUGAUGGUUUUCACAAUGUAGAAAAUGAAAAUUCAAGCUUUAGAUCUGAGGUCUCUACGAAGGAAAGUAUAAGCAAUAGAGAUAAUGCGUCAGAAAAGCGCGAUGAUGCAAGUUCAGUAAUAAUUCGAAACAAUAAUCGUUCUGGGAUUACAAGAAAAAUCUCAGGCAAACUAAAAAAGUUUACUUAA